AUGUCCGACGCACAAAAACUCCAACUAAUCCAAGACUUGGAAAUUGAAAUGAUGGCUGACAUGUACAACCGUCUCACCGCCACAUGUCACAAGAAGUGCAUACCACCGGUGUAUCACGAUGCUGAAAUAGCCAAAGGUGAAGCAGUAUGUAUUGACAGAUGUGUUGCCAAAUUUUUGGACAUUCAUGAAAGGAUUGGCAAGAAACUGGGGCAACUAUCUAUGCAGGAUGAACAGUUACUAAAGAAUACACCUAAAUGAGUCUUGGAAGUACAAAUUAGUCAUAUUAGUGUUGUAUAGAUGUUUUUUAAUGGUUUUGAAAAUGAACUGGUAAUUAUUAUUUGUUAAUAAAAAUUGUGGAACCA